UUGAGGAGUGGAAUGUUUGUGCGCACAUCUCAGCUUAUCGUGCUCAUUCCGAACCUGGUGAUAGGAAACUGUGAUAUUUCUUUUUUGGUUGGUUCUGCGUUUAAGUAUACACUUUUUAUUUGGAUCGGUAGGCGUCGUCAGAGCAUCUGUUGAUUUUGAUUUGCAUGUGAGAUUUGGUCCAGCAAAAAUGUAGAGUUGGAGUGGUCUUCGCCCGGCCCAGACCAACAUAAGCUAAUGGAAGAGGCUGUCGCCGCUUACGUCCGCAGCGGCGACCUCCGCUCCGCCCUCAAGGUGUUCAACGCCAUGCCCCGCAGAAACACCGUAUCCUGGAACUCCCUUCUCGCCGGCUAUUCCAAGAAGCACGGCCGCCUCGACGAGGCGCUCCGCCUGUUCGCUAGGAUCCCUUGCCCUGAUGUCGUCUCCUACAACACCCUCCUCUCCUGCCACCUCAUCAACGCCGACCUCCGCGGCGCCCGGCGCCUCUUCGACGCCAUGACCCUCAAGGACGUCGCCUCCUGGAACACCAUGCUAUCGGGCUUCUCCCGGGUCCGCGCCAUGGAUGAGGCCCGGCAGCUCUUCUCCGCGAUGCCCCAGAAGAAUCACGUCUCAUGGAAUGCAAUCGUGUCGGGUUUCGCACGAGCCGGCGACAUGGACUCGGCGGAGGAGCACUUCCGUAGAGCGCCCGAUAAGAACGAUGUGGUCUUGUGGACGGCGAUGAUAUCUGGAUACAUGGACGCUGGAAAUAUAGAGAAGGCCCAGGAGCUGUUCGACGCGAUGCCUACCAGAAAUCUGGUGUCCUGGAAUGCCAUGCUUGCCGGGUACGUUAAGAACAACCGAGCAGAGGACGGGUUGAAGCACUUCCGGAAGAUGCUAGUGUUCCCACAAGUCAUACCUAAUCCGUCGACCCUCAGCAGCGCUCUUCUUGGGUGCAGCAAUCUGUCAGCUCUUGCGUUGGGCAAGCAGAUCCAUCAGUUGGCUCACAAAUUGUCUUUAAUCCAUAAUUCUACAGUCGGCACUUCGUUGAUGAGCAUGUACUGCAAGUGCGGAGAAUUGGAUGAUGCAUGUGUACUGUUCGAUGGAAUCCAGACAAAGGAUAUAGUUACAUGGAAUGCUAUGAUUUCCGGGUGUGCACAGCAUGGGCAUGGAGUGAAAGCAAUAGAGUUAUUUGAUGCAAUGAAACGGGAGGGAGUAGAACCCAAUUGCAUCACGUUUGUUGCAGUACUCACUGCAUGCAAUCAUGCAGGGUUGCUGGAGCUCGGCAUCCAAUACUUUGAGUCAAUGAAGAGAGAAUAUGGUGUGGAGCCUGAGUCAGAUCAUUAUUCAUGUAUGGUUGAUCUCCUGUGCCGUGCUGGUUCGCUUGGGAAAGCUGUGGACUUGAUCCUCUCCAUGCCAUUCAAACCACAUCCAGCUGUCUUUGGAAACUUGCUGGGUGCUUGUAGGAUCCAUAAAAGUUUGGAAUUCGCUGAGUUUUCCGCACAGAGACUUGUGGAGUCAGAGCCACAAAGUGCAAGAGCUUAUGUUCAACUUGCUAAUGUGUAUGCAUCAAUGAACAAGUGGGGGGAUGUUUCCAGAGUGAGGAAGUCCAUGAAACAGAAUGACAUUGUUAAAAUGCCAGGGUACAGCUGGAUCGAAGUGAGGGGCAUCUUCCAUGAGUUCAGAUCUGGAGACAGGAUUCAUCCACAGUUAGACUUAAUUCAUCAGAAAUUAUCUGAGAUGGAAAAGAGGAUGAAGGCUGUCGGCUAUGUGCCAGACCUCAGUUUUGAUCUACAUGAUGUUGGUGAGGAUCAGAAGGAGCUAAUGCUGAUGAGGCAUAGUGAAAAACUUGCUAUUGCUUUUGGGUUGAUUAGCACUUUGCAAGGGACUAGACUCCGAGUCUUCAAGAACCUUCGGGUAUGUGGGGAUUGUCACAAUGCUGCUAAGUUCCUUUCCUUGAUUGAGAAGCGUGACAUCAUCCUCAGAGACACCACUAGAUUUCAUCAUUUCAGCAAUGGUAAUUGCUCGUGUGGAGAUUACUGGUGAGGAACUGGAGAUUACUGGUGAGGAACUUCAGCAAUGAUUUCUUCUUGAUUCAAUUGUUGAGAAGGCCACUGAUGCAAAGUGAUUGGAAGAAUGAAAAGAUGCAAUAAAAAAACUGAAAUUAUAUUAUUUGGACUUGGGAGUAAUCUUCAAUUGGAGUACAGUUGACUUCUUAGUAUCUCCAGAGGAAAGCAUCAUUGUCUUACAAUUUUUCUUGAACCAUGAAAGAAAGGAGUUUAAGAAAAGAUGGUUAGCACUAUAAAUCUCAGCAGCUCCAAUUUCGUUUAGACCAUGAAGUGUUGUAGAAGAAUAAACAAUCUUUGAGGGAUGAUGAUAAUAUGGUUCAGAGCCCUGAUUUAUUUCGAUCAAAAUGUUCAGAAGCCUCUCCACCUUUGCCUCAAACUCGAUUUUGUAAGGAGGCACUAGCUACCUUAAGUACUGUGAUCCUUGCCUUUCUUCGAUACUGCUAAUGAUAUGAAUUUGUUUCAUGCAAUUAAUGCUUUGAGCUUAGUUUAUAAGUAGGUUGGGAUUUCAGCCAAACUGAAGGGCCAGGUUUGCCAGCAUGAUCCCUCACCAUAUCAGUGAAUACUACCCGCAACCAUGCAGUGUACUACUUUCAAGCUGAUUAUGCUGCUUGUUCCCCAAAUUUCAUGAAAUAUCCCUCAACCGGCAUCCCAACCUAAAUCAGACUGUCUGAUCCCCUCCAAUUGAACAUCAUCAACGUCAGUGGAAAACAUUGCUUUGGAGUCGAUCAACGUACCACCUCAACCUCAUACCAACUUAUCAUCACAAGCUGCGGUAGAUACAAUGAGAGUCAUUUGAUCUAUAUUCAUUCUUUCUCUUAUGUAAAUUAAUCUGACUUCUCAUAAUGAGUUGAUAAUCUACCUGCGGAUAUUUGACU